AUCGAUGUGGUAAUAUCACAUUGCAUUAUUCGCAUUCCUGCGGCACUGCCGGAACAGUUCAGGGCCUGCCAUUAUGCCGCCAAAACAGACCUGUUGGUUAACUUUAGCAUAAAAGUCAAAUAUUAAACCAAUUAUAAUGCAGGACGAAUCUCUUAACAGGAACAGAGCCUCGGCAAUGGUUCGUCUGGGCUUGAGUGUGGGCCACAAUGAGAGUUUACAAAAGCCACGAUUUAUCAGAUCUAUUGCAAUUACCACACGUUUGCUAACAGCUAAUAUUUCGAUUUUAUUCGUUUUUUCUUUUUUGUUCUUUGCAAAUUUUUUAAAUCAUGGCCACAGAUGCGUUUGCAGUUGAAUCGAAAGUUUUCCUCAAACUUUUACAAUUGCAACAGAAAAAAAACUGUUCGAAUCUGAAUUUAUACUCAGCACCCUGAUAAGGGCCUCUGUUGUAAAAUCUCUUCAAAGUUCCAAGUUGUGGAACAGCUGUCGCGUUUGGGGUCUGGCACUACCUGCAGAGUCUCUUAUCGAUUGGCUAUAUAUGCGCUGCAAAUGUUCAGUUGAAAGUCAGUUCAGAUCGAGCUGAGUUUAGUGAGUUUCUUCAAAAUGAAAUUCUUUCUAAUCCUGGCUGGCCUGGCUUUCUAUGUGGCCCACACUGGCAUACAGGCGAUGGUCUGUCGUGGUGGUGUUGCAGAUAGCCAACCAGUUUGCAUAGGCGGCAAAAGCGAAGGACACGCCAAUGAGACCGUCUGCUACGGGAAUGCGAAUAUAUAUAUGUGGUGGUACGAUACCAGGAGCCGAUCCUGCAAGAGACUCUCCUACAACGGCUGCGGCGGCAACAAGAAUCGCUUCUGCACCAAAAGCCUCUGCAAGAGCAAGUGCAGGCGCAAUGAGAGAGCAGCAGUGCAAGUUCCAGUAACUGAAUACGGAAUAUGGAAUUGAUGCGCUUCGUUCCACUUACAAUUCCAAUUACAAUUCUAAUUUGAACUGAUCUUGAAAUUAUUUAUUCUGAUAGGAGCUUUCUUUGUUAGGAUUUUCUCAUUUGUCGCUGAGGCAGGCUUGAUAGUUUAUUUCGAAUUUCAAUUUCACAAAUUUCAUAUUUGUUUAUAUUAUUAGUUAAACGCUUAAGAUAUUGUUAUAUGAUAAUCAACAAAGGGUUGCUUAAUUCUAUGAAAAGUACUUCGAUAUGCUCUUAAAUGGGAUACUUUUGGAGCUUUAUGUUAAAUAGUCUUCAAGCUUGGGGCUUGCCGUUGCCCAACAUUUGUUUUCAUUAGGGUAGUCUGUUAAAAGCAUAAUUAUCUAAUUUUCAAUUAAUUGUUAAGUCUAUAACAUUUUUAACAUAUUCCUAAACCGAACACGUGAACUGGACCUUCAACUGAAACAUGAAUUGGUAUAAAACUGAAAUACAGCUAGAGAAUCUGCUUUAACAAA